AUGUCAUCCAAAGCCAUAAAGAAGUCCAACCUUCCGCCUAUCAAUCUAAUAUUCAAUUUCUUGCAGCAGCAGUCGCUAGUCACCAUAUGGUUGUACGAACAGUCAGACUACAGAAUACGCGGGAAAAUCCAAGGUUUUGAUGAGUUUAUGAACCUCGUGGUGGAUGAUGCUGAAGAGAUAGCAAAUGGGGAAAAGACCAAGUUGGGACGCUUGCUUUUAAAGGGCGAUACGAUAACGCUUAUUUCAAGUUUGGAUAUGUAA